AUGCCCCGCGGCGCCAUGCGCGUGAAGGGCGAUGACCGCGGCCUGCCCGACACGAAGCGCUUCCUCGCGCUGAUCGACGCGCUCCGAGCCGGCGUCACGCCGCCCGGCGGCGGCACGUGCAACGACAGCGAGCGUCACGAGCUGGCGCUGGCGGCGGAGCUCUUUGAUUGGUCGAAGCCGCUGGUGGUAACCAGAGCGCCGGGGCGCCUGGAUGUGAUGGGCGGCAUUGCUGACUACUCCGGCUCGCUCGUGCUUCAGGUGCGCCUCAGGUGCGCCCCUGGUGGGCCUCAGAUGCCAACAGCAGAGGCGUGCCACGUGGCCAUUCAGGUCAUCCGCGCACCCCCUUCCGCCCCCUCCGCCCCUCCCACGUCCCCUGGGCCUCCCCCCUCACUGCGCAUCGUCUCCCUUUCCGCCGCCGCCAACCACCGUGUGCCCUCUGUCUCCCUGCCCCUCGCCCGCCUGCUCCCCGCCCUCUACGCCUCGCCCCCCCACUCCGCCCCCUGCGCCCUCGACUAUGCCUCCGCCCAUGCGCUGCUGGCAGGGGGGCCAGUGGCGGGCGAUGAGGGGGAGGAAGGGGCAGCACAGGCGAGAGAGUCGGGAGAUGAAGGCGGAGGGGGGGGGCGGGGGCGUGGAUGGGGGGGGGGGGGCGCGCAGGGCGAGAGCGGGGCGUUGGGCAGAGUGCAGGGGGUGGCGGUGGUGGUGGCAUCAGAGGUGCCGGAGGGCGUGGGCGUGGCAUCGUCAGCAGCGGUGGAGGUGGCGAGCAUGAUGGCUCUCAUGCACGCCCUGGGCAUGCACGUGCCCCCCUGGCACCUCGCCCGCAUGUGCCAGAUGGUGGAGAACAGGGUGGUGGGCGCCCCCUGCGGCAUCAUGGAUCAGAUGGCCGUCACGCUCGCGCGCCCUGCCUCGCUGCUGGCGCUGCUGUGCCGCCCCGCCAGCGUGCAGGGCUGCCUGGCGCUGCCCCCCCACGUGGCGCUGUGGGGCAUCGACUCGGGCGCGCGCCACAGUGUGGGCGGCGCGGGGUACAGUGGGGUGAGGGCCGCGGCAUUCAUGGGACUCACGCUCAUAAACGUCGCUAGUGGAGAAAGCAGUGAAGCUUCUACGAGCGUCAGUGCAGCACCGCAUGAUUUGGCACCAGCAGUAACACAGCCGCUUUCAUGCCUCUGUGAACUGGACCCGCACAGCCUGCCCCUACUGGAGCCCAUACUGCCCGCCACCAUGCACGGCAGCGCCUUCCUCGCCCGCCACGCGUCCCACGGCGACCCCGCCACCACGGUGGCUGCUGAUCUGCACUACCCUGUGCGGCCCGCCUCUCGCCACCCCGUCAUGGAACACUUCCGCACGCGCUGCUUCCGCUCCCUGCUGCUCACACACGUGGAGCACGAGGAGGGGGGGAAAGAGGUUCAGGGGAAAGGUGUCGAGGGCGAAGGGGAUGAGGGGGCGGAUGAGGGUGGGGGCGCUGUGUCAGGCGGAGGGAGGCUUGAGCAGAUGGCGUUGCUGGGGGAGCUGAUGAUGCAGAGCCAUGCGAGCUACACGGCGUGUGGGCUGGGGUCGCCUGCCACGGACCUCAUAGUCGCCCUCGCUCGCACACACAUGGGCCCGCAUGGACCACUGUGGGGCGCCAAGAUAACGGGGGGAGGCAGUGGCGGCACGGUGUGUGUGCUGGGGGACAGCACGGCAGCGGCGCAGGCAGCGGUGGACGACGUAUGUCGGCGCUUUGAGAGUUCCACGGGGCAUCGCCCACACCUCUUCCGCGGCUCCUCGCCCGGCGCUGCUCACUUCGGCCACCUCGUCCUGUACCCGCUCUAG